GGUUUUUCCGUAACUGAAAAGUUGGAGAACGUCCAGCUACUAGACAAGUACAACCUCCGAAACCCGUCCAAGGGCACCUUGUACUUUGCCACCACACACCUCAUAUUCGUCGACCAUGAAAUGAGAAAAGAGACAUGGAUCCUCCUAAUGCACAUAUCGUCCGUGGAGCGAAUGCCGAUCACCACCACGGGCUCCCCGCUGCUGGUGCGCACCAAGACCUUCCAGUCGGUGCUGUUCGUCAUCCCUCGUGAGAGGGACUGCUACGAGAUGCACCAGACCCUCCUGAGGCUGAGUCAGCCAGUCAACCUAGACGAGCUAUACUGCUUCCACUACAAGUCGAGCCCGGACGAGCUGCCGCGGACCGCCGGCUGGAACUACUUCGACCUGCAGACCGAGUACCAGCGCAUGAACGUGCCCAACGAACACUGGGUCUUGUGUCCCGCUAAUAAGGACUACGAGCUGUGCGACACGUACCCGAGCCACAUCUACGUGCCGGCGCGCGCGUCGCAGGCCGUGUUGCUGGGCAGCGCGAGUUUCCGGUCACGCGGCCGCCUGCCCGUGCUGGCGUACCUGCACCAGAACGGCGCCGCCAUCGCGCGAUGCAGUCAGCCGCUAAGCGGGUUCUCCGCCAGAUGUAUGGAGGACGAACAAAUGUUGGAUGCGAUCAGGCGGGCGAACCCUAACCAACCGUGGAUGUACGUCGUGGAUAUGCGUCCUAGAAUAAACGCCAUGGUGAACCGCGCGGUCGGCAAGGGGUACGAGAACGAGGCGUUCUACGACAACAUCAAGUUCGAGUUCAUGGGCAUCGGCAACAUACACGUCAUGCGCAAGAGCCUGCAGAAACUCGUCGAGACGUGUGAACAAAACACACCGACGAUGUCGUCGUUCUUCAGUGGUUUAGAGUCGUCGGGGUGGCUAAAACAUAUCAAAUCUAUCCUGGACACGGCGCGGUGGAUAGCGGUGGAGGUGAGCGGUGGCGCGAGCGUGUGCGUGCACUGCAGCGACGGGUGGGACCGCACGGCGCAGGCGUGCUCGCUCGCCGCGCUGCUGCUUGAUCCGCACUACCGCACUAUUAAUGGCUACCAGGCACUGAUCGAGAAGGACUGGUUAUCAUUCGGUCACAAGUUCACGGCGCGGUGCGCGCAUAUAGCGGGCGACAGCAAGGAGCGAGCGCCCGUGUUCACGCAACUGCUAGACUGCACGUGGCAGCUGCUAAGACAGAUGCCUGAGGCAUUCCAGUUCAACGAGCGUUUCCUGUUGACGUUGCACGAUCACGCACACGCUUGCCAGUACGGCACCUUCGUCGGUAACUGCGAGAAGGACCGCCGGGAUCUUCGGUUAUCUGAGCGCACGUUCUCGCUGUGGGGUUACAUGGCCAGCCACCUCAACGAGUACAAGAACCCGCUGUACAACCCUAAAGCACACCCCGAGCUCAUCAAACCGGAUUUGAGCGCGCAGAGCAUCAGAUUCUGGCGCGGCAUGUACUGCCGGCACGAGAGCGGCGUGCACCCGCGCGAGGCGCUGGCCGACCUGCUGCCCGCCGCCGUCGACCACGCCACCGCGCUCGCGCUGCACGUCGACUACCUCGCCCGGAGAAUAGCGACAUUCAAGAGUCUCCUGUCGGGUCGCAAGGCUAAGAAGGAGGGUGCGGUCAACUAUCAGAAUGGCAACACGGACACCGGCCUCGAGACCGCCACACAGCAGCUGACCAUAGACAACAAACUUAUCUACGAGUCGAGCGGUUUAUCAGAGUUAGAGUGUGCCAACCACGACCACCCGCUGAAGGAAGACACGUCAAAACCCGAUCGGAUACCGCUCAUCACAGAGAAGACGGACGCGUCGAUACCGAGCACGCUGGCGCAGUUGGAGGCGGAGAUGGGCUCUGUGGCGCUGGACUGGCGCAGCAUUAAGAACGUCACCGAGUGUAGCUGCUCCACGCCCCUAGAUCAUUUCAGCAGGAAGCACCACUGCUGGGGCUGCGGGCGCUGUGUGUGUACGCGGUGCGUGACGCGGCGCGCGCUGCCCGCGUUGGCCACGCCCCGCGCCGUGCCGCUGUGCACCACGUGCGCGCCCGCCGCUACGCCCGACACGCCCGCACCCGCGCCGCCAGCAAAGCUGGUUAAAGAUUUAUCGGAGGCUGAUAAUACUCAUUUGAAGAUAGAUAAAAACACCGUCAUCACGAGAAACAUGAAAUUACAUAAGAGAAAGAGGGAUGAUAAGAAUAAGCAAGAAAACCGCGAGCCAGACUGGUCGUACAACUCUAUUCCACAAGAGGUGGCGGUUUACGCGGAGCAGUUCAAAAGGAACAUGUCGGAGUGCUUGAAGGAGGUGCAGGCUAACGACAAGCGAGUUGUCAAGCGCCUGUCACCGAAGGCUGACUCGCCCGUGCACGGGGAGUGCCUUAUUGCCUGUGUGUUGAAGCGGAAUGAUGUUAUUGGCAAGGGAAAAAUACAUAAGGACAGCCUAAUGAAGCUGUUGCAAAAGUUCUUUGCGAAGGAUGUGAAACUGAUGAAGAAAAUGGAGACAAGUGUAGACCGCUGCAUCGCCAGCAGCAGCCGCCUCCUGGAUGAGUGCCAGAUGGCCUCCCAGCUCAAUGACUGUACCAACGAGUUGAUGGCACACACUAAACACAAAGUUUUCCUUAAGAAAUAAAUAUUUAUUA